AUGCCCCAAGGACAGCAAGUCGCCCUAAUAAUAGGCGCAUCACGCGGAAUCGGGCGCCAGAUCGCCAUCGACCUAGCAAAGAACGGCUACGCCGUAAUGCUAUGCGCAAAAACGACCUCGGAUGCAUCGACAGUGACUCCAUUCCCGCCAGACCCGAACUCAUCGCAGUCCACCAUCAACACAGUAGAGCGCGAGAUCCGCGAAGCGGGCGGGCACGCGGCGACAGUCGCAGUUGACGUGCGCGACGCCGCGCAGAUCCAGCAUGCUGUCGAAGAGACGGUGCGCGUCUUCGGCAAGCUCGAUGUGCUUGUGUACAACUCCGGCGCGAUUUGGUGGUCGGCUGUGGAGAAUACGCCUCUCAAGCGGUUUAAGCUGAUGCAGCAGGUGAACCCUGAGGGACUGUAUGCGACUAUUCAGGCUGCUUUGCCGUUAUUUGAGAAGGGAGGCUGGAAAGGGCGCAUUGUUGUCGUUUCGCCGCCUAUUUAUUCGAGGUUCUUUAAGGGGAAGACUGCUUAUGCGAUGGUGUGUUUGACUAUACGUGCUGAUAUCGACGUAUUGUAUGUAGGCAAAGUCGGAAUGAGUGUCUUGGUCAAAGGCCUGGCUAUGGACUUCGUGCGUCAAGGCCGAAAUGAAAUGGCGGUGACAAGUAUCUGGCCUGCAUCGUCGAUUGAAUCAGCAGCUACAGAGCAUAAUAAGGGACCCGACACAUCCUACAAAAAGGAUUUGAGAAAGCCGGUAUGUCCGUUUCGGAGCACAAUAUUCUCAGAUGCUGUUCUGGCUAUGCUUCGUGCCCCGCACCAAACAGUGAACGGGCUCCUGGAUACAGACGAGGACUUUCUCCGGGAGAAAUGUGGUGUCUCCGACUUUUCAAAGUACUCUGUAAUCCCAGGAUCGACACCACGGCGGAUUAUGCCGCACAACUUCCCAGUUCUAGAGGUUGCAGAACAGGAUGAUGAAGGGCAGCGCAUGGAUAGCACGAAGAUGCGGGCAAAGAUAUAG